GUUGAUAUCGUUGCAACUCACAAUAUUGGGGUGGAUUGCUCAGCGCGCGACGGGUCCGAAAUUUCAGGCUGUCCUGGCGGUGUCAUCGACCUUGUAUAGCUUCACAUCUUUCGCCGAUUUCGCCUUCCCACACCUCACAACACAAUGUCGUCUAGGACGGUAUCCGCAUUGCUAACACGGCGAUUGCUUGCAACACCACGCGCCACACGUCUACCUGCUCGAUCCUUCGCGUGCGCAGCGUCACGAACACAAACCUUGACCGAACUAUACCGCCCUGCCAUUCGCAUUGCUGGCCAAAGAAGAGCUUUCUCGUCAACGUCACGAGCACGAUUGGCCACCGAAGAUGAUUCCUUUGACCCGAAGUCAGUCGAGCGCGAGGUUGAUGAGGUCGAUGUUCUCAUCGUGGGUGGAGGGCCCGCUGGCCUGUCAGCCGCCAUCAAGCUGAAGCAGAUAGCCAAUGCGGCAGGAAACGAGGACUUCCGUGUACUAUUGCUCGAGAAGUCAGGCGAACUGGGCGACCACAUUGUGUCUGGCAAUGUUAUUGAACCCUCUGCCCUAGACGAACUGCUGCCAAACUGGAAGUCUGAGGACAAUCUGAACCGUUUCGCCGACAUCACACCUGCGAAGGAGGACCGUAUGCGCUUCCUCACGAAGACCGGCUCGAUCCCCCUGCCGAAGCCGCCGCAGAUGAACAACCAUGGCAACUACAUCAUCAGUCUGAAUCAGAUGGUCAAAUGGCUCGGUGAGCGUGCAGAGGAAGUGGGCGUAGAAGUAUAUCCUGGGUUUGCCGCUUCGGAGAUCUUAUACAACCACGAAGGUGUAGUCAAGGGUGUGGCGACCAAUGAUCUCGGUAUCUCGCGCGAAGGCAAAGCCAAGGAUUCUUUCGAGCGUGGUAUGGAGUUCCACGCUCGUGUGACGCUCCUUGGUGAAGGUUGUCACGGCAGUCUGUCGAAGCAGGUCAUCAAGAAGUAUGAUCUGAGGCGAGACAGCCAGCACCAGACAUAUGGUCUGGGUAUCAAGGAGGUCUGGGAAGUCCAGCCUGAGAAGUUCAAGUCAGGGCAGGUCACCCACACAAUGGGUUACCCCCUGUCAAAGGACACCUACGGCGGUGGCUGGAUGUAUCACUUUGGUGAUAACCUGGUCAGUAUCGGUCUUGUUGUCGGUCUCGACUACCCCAACCCAUGGCUAGCACCAUAUGGCGAAUUCCAGAAGAUGAAGCACCACCCGAUCUACAAGGAUGUAUUGGAGGGUGGCAAGUGCAUCUCAUACGGUGCAAGGACACUAAUUGAGGGUGGUUUCCAGUCGAUUCCAAAGCUGGCUUUCCCUGGUGGCGCUCUUCUGGGAGACUCAGCAGGUUUAGUCAAUGUACCCAAGAUUAAGGGCACGCAUACUGCGAUGCGAUCCGGCAUGUUGGCAGCAGAAGCAACAUGGGAUGCACUGCAAGGCAACACCGACGGCGGUACAGUAUUCCUGUUUGACUACGAAGAUAAGAUGAGGAAGUCGUCAGUCUGGUCAGAACUCAAGCAGGUGCGCAACAUGCGACCUUCUUUCCACACCGCGCUAGGCCUGUACGGAGGCGUGCUAUAUUCUGGUCUCGAAGCCUACGUCUUCCGUGGCAAGACACCGUGGACACUGAAGCACGGCCUGCCCGACCACGCUGCUACCAAGACUGCAGACCAAUAUGAGAAAAUCGAGUACCCUAAGCCUGACGGCAAGAUCAGUUUCGACAUCUUGACAAGCGUCAGCCGCAGUGGCACAAAUCACGAGGAGGACCAGCCAUGUCAUUUGCAAGUCAAGGACUGGGAUGCGCACGCACAGGAGCAGUACCCCAAGUACAAGGGUGUCGAAAAUCGCUUUUGCCCUGCUGGCGUGUACGAGUACGUUGAGGACGAUAGCAAGGAGUUGGGCGUGAGAUUCCAGAUCAACGCCCAGAACUGCGUCCACUGCAAGACUUGCGAUAUCAAGGUACCCGCCCAGGACAUCAACUGGCAGACUCCUCAGGGUGGCGAAGGGCCCAAGUAUGUUCUCACUUGAGCGCCGCAGCAUGUCAAUGUUGAACAUGCGGCAACUGUUCUCUCCGGCGUACACUGGCGCCACCUCCUGUUCAAAAUGUGUAUAAUAGGCAGCGCGCAAUUGUAU